AUGGCUGGCAAGCCUCUGCCCAGUGGACGCCAGGAGGAGGAGACCGCCAAAGACGCUGGGCCAAAACUCAUACCAGUGAAGCCCCGGGGCGGCCUGCCCAGCAUCGAUGAGGCCGGACCCACAGGUCUCGGCACAGCUUCCCGCCGGGGCUCAGUGCUGGGCCUAGCCACAUCCUUCUCACGCCGCAGCUCGCUGGUUGGGCCAGGCGCAGGUCCUGGAGGCCGGAGACCAUCCCUUGGCCCAAUGCCUGCUCUGGGCUCACGGUUUAACUUAUCCGGGUGGUCUCUGGCCCCCAUUCGGCGUGUGGCACCUUCAUACCGCAUGGAGCCGGCACCCGGGGAGCGUUGGGAGGUUGUGCGGGCACAGCAGGCCCUGGAGGAGGUGCUGGCAGCGAGGCUGCAAGACACCUGCUACUCCUUCGCUGAGGCUGGGCAACUGACAAGGGAACUCUGUGAGCAGGUGCAUGUGCGCCUGCGCGAGCUCAGCCCGCCCCGCUACAAGCUAGUGUGCAGCGUGGUGCUGGGGCCGCGCACGGGCCAGGGCGUGCAUGUGGUCAGCCGCACGCUCUGGGAUGCAGCCUGCGAUGGCCUGGCCUCCACCACCUUCACCAAUGCUUCACUCUUUGCCGUGGCCAUUGUCCACGGGCUCUACUGCGAGUGA